AUGUGUUCCAGAUUACGUACAUAUGCCAUUAAAAAAUUACCAUUAUAUGAUGUUGAAUUAAGUUAUGAGUCAGGUUAUGAUAUUUUUACAAUGAUACAAUGGUUAAACACACCUGAAGGUCGCGGUACGGUAGGAAAUAAAGACUUUUUAGUAGUUUGUUUGGGUACUAACGACGUGAGACGGUACGGUGUCGAUGUUUCUCUGCAGCGAGUUAGCGAGUUCAUACGUUUCAUUCGUCGGUCAUUCCCUGGUAUCCGGGCCAUUGGUUGGAUGGCGUUAUCACCUCGAUGGAAACCAACGAGAUUCGUCUCUGCGGCCAACAUCAGUGAUUAUUACCGCCAAUUUAAUGAGCAUCUUCAGGUCUUAUCCCAUCAGUUGGAUUUUGACGUUGUUGAUGCGCGCCUGGGACUUGUGGAUAUGCGUGUAGAAGAUGAGCUACAUUCAUCUAAUACCACUGGAAAAUGGAAAAAUGAAGGAGCUAUCCGUGAAUGGUUCUCUUCCCGUGCUGUCGCACACUCUUCUAUCUAUUUUCAGCGUUGUCGAUUGCCACUAACACCAACAGCACCAACUACGCCAACGACGACAACUGCAUUACAAAUGAAUAAUAAUAAUAAUAUGUACAUCCAACGACAGUAUCAACCUCGUCGAAAUAAUUAUUAUCAACAACAACAACAACAAAAUAGAAUAAGAGCCCCAGAAGGUAGUCCAGUAUUAUUAGUUAAUGAGAAUAGUAAUAGGGAACAGACAGUACAAAUAGUUCAGAAGAAGGCAAGACCAGAUACACCAGUUGAUCCAGAAGCAAAAAGACCCCGACUAUUCUCGCAUGACUUUAAACCACUGAGAACAGCACCCCGAUCACAAAGACAACAACAACAAGAGAUAGUCAUCCAACAGGAAGAAGAAGUGUCACCUAGUUUACCAACAACAUCACCAGGAUUACCCACACCAUCAGUUUUAAGUCCACGACAGAGUACACCAAGAACACCAAUAGCACCUCCAAGACCAUUAGAUUCAAGUCCACAAGUUGAACCACCACCUCAAGUUGAGAAUAGAAAUGAACCCCAAGUAGUUGAGAAUAUUCAAGUUAGUGAACAAGUAAUACCAAUGGAACAAGAAAUAGUUAGAAAUUCACCAUUAGUCACCUCAAAAGAUAUGGAAGAUUUUAAAAUAGAAUUAUUUGAUUUUGCAAUUAUCCCAAUUGAGUGUAAAUUCCAUUUUAAAACCUUCCAUAUCAGAGCAGAUAUAGAAAAUAUAACAGCACAUAAGGAAUUUUUAGAAAAAAAGGCUAAACAACAGGAAAUUCAAUUAGAGCAUCUAAUGAAAGAAUUUAAUGAAGAUUCCCAUAAGAUAGUAAUAACCUUAUCUUAG